GCUGCAAAUAAAACGGUGGCAGCACAAUACCAGCCUGGUGAAAAUACCUGCAGAGCCCUCCACUACCUCCACACAGCUCUGCCAGCUGCCUUCUGCACCUUGGGAAGGAACACAGUCCUCAAUAUCUGUGGAAACAAGCCAGCUCAGGAGCUGAGGCGGAGUGUGUUCAACUUUGACAAGAUUCAGCAAUCGGAAGACUGUCCCUGUGAGGAUCCUGUGACACAGAUACUGGGGGAAACAACAGCACCUCCAGCACCGCCUGUACCUCUGACACCCCCAGCACCUACAGUCCUUUCAGCUCCUUCAGUUUCUUCAGUUACAAACGAGUCUGCGCAGGAAGCAAAGACUGGAGGAAAGAGUUCUCCAUCAAGCAGCAUGAACAAGAGGGAGAAGAAAAUGACCAGUUCUCUUCAGCCUUCUGGGGAGAAGGUGUCAGGAAAGGAGGGGAGCCCCGUGGACAAACUAUCCAGACUCCAGCACGAGGUGUUCACGCUCACUGAGGGGCUCAAGUCACAAAAGGAGCUGGUGCAACUCCUUCACAAGGCCCUGGAGGCAGCAAAGCAGGAGAAGAGGACCAGCAAACAGUUCCUGGCAGCAGCAGGGGAGCAGGAGCGGCUGGAACUGGUGCGGCACAAAGAGAGGUGUAUCGCGGACCUGGACGGCCGCCUGGAGGCCCUGCUCAAAGACAAGGAGGAGCUGGAGCAGCGGCUGGCCAUGCAGGACUGCCAAGUGAAUGAGCUGCAGCAGCACGUGCAGCUCAUGAUGGAGAAGAACAACGCCAAGCAGGAAGUCAUCCUCAAGCUCUCCGAGCAGGUGGCCGCCUGCAUGGCUGACCCCCAGCGUACCGUAGCCAACUCCAUGGGCACAGAGACCUUCUGCAGGCUGCAGGAGAAGAUUGAGCACCUCAAGGACGAUAUAGAGGCGCACAAGAUGCAAAACAAGUUCCUCAACUCUGAAAUCUACCAGCUUACUAAGCUGUGGAGGAACAGUUCAGAAGAGGAGAAGGGCCUCCUGAUGAAGUGUGCCUACCUGGAGGCCAAAAACUGCCAGAUUGAGAGCAAGUACCUGGUCGUGCUACGCAGGCUGCAGGAGAGCAAAGGGCUGGACAGCAGUCAGCAGGAGAUGGUGAAAAGGCUCAUUGAGGACUCACUGCAGGGAGACAAGAAGGAUGUCUUUAAACUCAACCCUGUCAGUGGCGCUGGAUCGUGAGGACACGGACGCAGGUCUAUAGGAAGCGGAAUCCCAAUCGCUACCUGGAGCUGAGGAAGCACUGCGAGGUGUCGGAGCACCCGGCCUCGCGGCAGAUCAGGCUGGACCUGCACCGCACCCUCACCAGCAAUAAGCA